UGGCCUUUUCCACGUCGUCCUUCCCUGAAGUGUUUCCUUGCGGUCGCGCGCGGGUGACCUCGAGCUCUGCGCUUGAGAGUUCCGUAAGAAGCGCGUGCCCGCGGCGCGCACCCGGAGGCUCCGCGUGUCGGCUCUGGAGCUUCAGGCUCCUGGGUCUCGUGGGUCAGUUCGUCAGGCCAGUCAGCGCUGGCUGGAGCCGCCCGCGGUGCAAUUCUCCGAUCACGCCUUCCCUGCUUGAGGUGGACGCUGGGCGGCGGCGUGUCGCCUGCGCUGUCGCAACCUGGUAACGCCUCCACCCAGGUCGAGCGGAUCGGUCGGUGCCCCAGCUCCUCAGGAGAGAUGAAGAAAACCCUGAAGGAUGAGAUUGAAGCCAUUCUUAAGAAGAGGAUUAUGGUGCUAGAUGGUGGAAUGGGGACCAUGAUCCAGCAGUACAAACUGAGUGAAGAAAGUUUCCAAGGUCAAGAAUUUAAAGAUCACACCAGGCCCCUGAAAGGCAACAAUGACAUCUUAAGUAUAACUCAACCUGAUAUUAUUUACCAAAUUCAUAAGGAAUACUUGCUGGCUGGAGCAGAUAUCAUUGAAACAAACACUUUCAGCAGCACUUGUAUUGCCCAAGCUGACUAUGGCCUUGAACACUUGGCCUACCGGAUGAACAAGUGCUCUGCAGAUGUGGCCAGAAGAGCUGCUGAGGAGAUAACUCUGCAGACAGGAAUCAAGAGGUUUGUGGCUGGAGCUCUGGGCCCUACUAAUAAGACACUUUCUGUCUCCCCAUCUGUGGAAAGGCCGGACUAUAGGAAUGUCACAUUUGAUGAGCUUGUUGAAGCAUACCAGGAGCAGGCCAAAGGACUGCUGGAUGGUGGCGUGGAUAUCUUACUCAUUGAAACUAUUUUCGAUACAGCCAAUGCCAAAGCAGCCUUGUUUGCACUCCAGAAACUCUUUGAAGAGAAUUAUACUCCUCCCCGACCUAUCUUUAUUUCUGGGACCAUUGUUGAUAAAAGUGGACGGACUCUUUCUGGCCAGACAGGAGAGGCAUUUGUCAUCAGCGUGUCUCAUUCAGACCCACUGUGCAUUGGAUUAAAUUGUGCUCUGGGUGCAGCUGAAAUGAGGCCUUUCAUUGAAACAAUUGGAAAAUGUACAACAGCCUAUGUCCUCUGUUACCCAAAUGCAGGUCUUCCCAAUACUUUUGGUGACUAUGAUGAAACACCAUCCAUGAUGGCCAAUCACCUAAAGGACUUUGCUAUGGAUGGCUUGGUGAAUAUAGUUGGUGGCUGCUGUGGUUCAACACCCAAUCAUAUCAGGGAAAUCGCUGAAGCUGUGAAAAAGUGUAAACCUAGAGUCCCACCAGCUAGUGUUUUUGAAGGACAUAUGUUACUAUCUGGCCUCGAGCCCUUCAGGAUUGGACCAUACACCAACUUUGUUAACAUUGGAGAGCGCUGUAACGUGGCAGGAUCCAAGAAGUUUGCUAAACUCAUCAUGGCAGGAAACUAUGACGAAGCCCUGAGCAUUGCCAAAGUACAGGUGGAAAUGGGAGCUCAGGUGCUCGAUAUCAACAUGGAUGAUGGCAUGCUGGAUGGUCCCAGUGCAAUGACCAGAUUUUGUAACUUUAUUGCCUCUGAACCUGACAUCGCCAAGGUGCCACUGUGUAUCGACUCUUCCAAUUUUGCUGUAAUUGAAGCUGGGUUGAAGUGCUGCCAAGGGAAGUGCAUAGUCAAUAGCAUCAGUCUGAAGGAGGGGGAGCAGGACUUCUUGGAGAAGGCCAGGAAGAUAAAGAAAUUUGGAGCUGCUGUGGUGGUUAUGGCUUUUGAUGAGGAAGGACAGGCAACAGAAACAGAUGUUAAAAUCAGUAUAUGCACCCGAGCUUACCAUCUACUUGUGGAAAAACUGGGCUUCAAUCCAAAUGACAUUAUCUUUGACCCCAACAUUCUUACCAUUGGUACUGGAAUGGAAGAACAUAACUUGUAUGCUAUCAAUUUUAUUCAUGCAACAAGAAUCAUUAAAGAAACAUUACCAGGAGUCAGAAUAAGUGGAGGUCUUUCUAACUUGUCCUUCUCCUUCCGAGGGAUGGAAGCCAUUCGAGAAGCAAUGCAUGGUGUUUUUCUUUACCAUGCGAUCAAGUUUGGUAUGGACAUGGGGAUAGUCAAUGCAGGCAAUCUACCCGUGUACGAUGAUAUCCAAAAGGACCUUCUUCAGCUCUGUGAAGACCUCAUCUGGAACAAAGACCCUGAGGCUACUGAAAAACUCUUACGAUAUGCCCAGACUCAUGGCAAAGGAGGGAAGAAAGUUAUCCAGACAGAUGAGUGGAGGAGUGGCUCCAUUGAGGAGCGUCUUGAGUAUGCUCUUGUGAAGGGCAUUGAAAAGCAUAUUGUUGAAGAUACUGAAGAAGCCAGGUUAAGCCAGGAAAAAUACCCCCGACCUCUGAAUAUAAUUGAAGGGCCUCUAAUGAAUGGCAUGAAAGUGGUUGGUGAUCUUUUUGGAGCUGGAAAAAUGUUUCUACCUCAGGUUAUAAAGUCAGCCCGUGUCAUGAAGAAGGCUGUCGGUCACCUAAUCCCUUUCAUGGAAAAAGAAAGAGAAGAAGCAAGAAUUCUUAAUGGUUCAGUUGAAGAAGAGGACCCUUACCAAGGCACCAUUGUGCUGGCCACUGUUAAAGGUGAUGUGCAUGACAUAGGGAAGAACAUUGUUGGUGUGGUGCUAGGAUGCAAUAAUUUCCGAGUUAUUGAUUUAGGAGUCAUGACUCCCUGUGAUAAGAUACUUCAAGCAGCUCUUGACCACAAAGCAGAUAUAAUUGGCUUAUCAGGACUCAUCACUCCAUCCCUGGAUGAAAUGAUUUUUGUUGCUAAGGAAAUGGAAAGGUUGGCUAUAAAUAUUCCGUUGUUGAUAGGAGGAGCAACCACUUCAAGAACCCACACAGCAGUUAAAAUAGCUCCACGGUACAGCGCGCCUGUAAUCCAUGUCCUAGAUGCAUCCAAGAGUGUGGUGGUGUGCUCUCAGCUGUUAGAUGAAAAUCUGAAAAAUGACUACAUUGAAGAAAUACAGGAAGAGUAUGAAGAUAUUAGACAAGAUCAUUAUGAGUCUCUCAAGGAGAGAAAAUACUUAUCCCUAACUCAAGCCAGAAAAAAUGGUUUCCACAUCGAUUGGCUGUCUGAACCUCACCCAGUGAAGCCCACAUUUCUUGGGACCCAGGUCUUUGAAGACUACAACCUGCAGAAGCUGGUGGACUACAUUGACUGGAAGCCUUUCUUUGAUGUCUGGCAGCUCCGGGGCAAGUACCCAAAUAGAGGCUUCCCCAAGAUAUUUAACGACAAAACAGUAGGUAAAGAAGCCAGAAAGGUAUAUGAUGAUGCUCAGAAUAUGCUGAACAUACUGAUAAGUCAAAAGAAACUCCAGGCCAGGGGAGUAGUUGGAUUCUGGCCAGCACAGAGUGUCCAGGAUGACAUCCACUUGUAUGCAGAGGGUGUGGUACCCCAGGCUUCAGAGCCCAUAGCCACCUUCUAUGGGCUGAGGCAGCAGGCUGAGAAGGACUCUUCCAGUACAGACCCCUACCACUGCCUCUCAGACUUCAUUGCUCCUCUGCAUUCUGGUGUCCGUGACUACUUGGGUCUGUUUGCUGUUGCCUGCUUUGGGGUUGAAGACCUGAGUAAAGCCUACGAGGAUGAUGGCGAUGACUACAGCAGCAUCAUGGUGAAGGCAUUGGGGGACCGGCUGGCAGAGGCCUUUGCAGAGGAGCUCCAUGAAAGAGUUCGCCGAGAACUGUGGGCUUACUGCAGUAGUGAGCAGUUGGAUGUUACAGACUUGCGCAAACUCCGGUAUGAGGGCAUCCGGCCAGCUCCUGGUUACCCCAGCCAGCCUGACCAUACUGAGAAGCUCACCAUGUGGAAACUGGCCAACAUUGAGCAGGCUACAGGCAUCAGUUUGACAGAAUCCUUGGCGAUGGCCCCUGCUUCAGCAGUAUCAGGCCUCUACUUCUCCAAUGUAAAGUCCAAAUAUUUUGCUGUGGGCAAAGUUUCCAAGGAUCAGAUUGAAGAUUAUGCUUUGAGGAAGGACAUGCCUGUGGCCGAGGUGGAGAAAUGGCUUGGCCCUAUUCUGGGAUAUGAUACAGACUGAUUUCUUUCUCUGUCGCGCUUCCCCCCCCCCCACUCUUUUUCAUUUUUUCUUUAAAACCUUUAUGUUUGCUGACCUCAAGGGAGUACAAUCCAGAGUGCCUUAGAAAUAACAACAAAAGCACGUGUGUGCCUCCUGGCCUCCCCCACUGCCAUUGUUGUAAGGCUGGUUGGUGACACGUGAUAUAGAGCAGGUCUUCUGGGGUCCUAGAACGUAAGUACUUUUUCAGGGUCCUUAAGUGAGGUGCAUCAAGGUGCCAAGGCUCAUGGUGUCAUUAGGUUGUUAGAUUUGGAGCAAGCAGAAGACAUCUUUUGCAUUUCAAAGCAAGUCAACUAGCUUUUCCCAUUUUUGCCUUUGACCUAGGAGGGCACUUGUACCUGUUUUUUUGUUGUAUGUUUGUUUGUUUUUAUUGUUUUCUCACAUUAAAAAAAGGUCCUGAAAAUAAGUUGAAUAGGGGAAUGUAUAGAGAAAUGUGACAUUUCAAUCUAAGUGUUUCAACAGUAGACUUGGACAGGGAGGAAGGUAUUCCUCUCUUUUCUCCUGCAAGACCAUAUUUUUUGAGGUUCAACUAACUGACUGUAGAAUUCUUUGGCAGAGGCAUACUUGCUGCUUGCUGGACAGAAAUACUAGAACUGUUUGCCCUGGUGUGCUGGUGUGGCUAGGCAUGGUCACAUUUUCCAUGCUUGUAGUUUCAUGGUCCCUUGCACUAGUGGAAAAAUGGAAGAGAAAGAAAGUGACUUCUAAGGGUAUUAUUUAGCAUCUAGCUGUUCUCAGAAUGAGUAGGUUCUCAGCUGAGCCCUGGUAUUUGUGCAGAGCUGAACCUGUCGGUGGCUAAGCCACGCAGUUCUUUGCCUGCGCCUGACUCCAAACUCACAUAUUUUGGAUAUACUAUACUGUCUUGCUCUUUGUUAUUUCUGAAAAUAUUGUUCAGAGCAUUAGGCUCUGAAAACGAGACUUCAACAUCAACUUUGCUGUGUAACUUCCAUGUGACAUAAACCAAGUGCUCGGUCUUCCCAGCGUUGUCUGCUCAUCUAUAAAAUGAGAACAGUGAUCUUAAUUUCUGUCUCGUUGGAUGAGGUUUAAACAGAAUUGUGCAUAAAGACAGCUCAGAUACACACAGAUGUCUAAGUGGAGAGGUCUGUAGAGCUCUGUAGUCUUAGCACUAUAGGUCCUCAUGAAACGAAGAAGAGCAGCCGGGCGGUGGUGGCACACGCCUUUAAUCCCAGCACUCGGGAGGCAGAGGCAGGCGGAUCUCUGGGAGUUCGAGACCAGCCUGGUCUACAAGAGCUAGUUCCAGGACAGGCUCCAAAACCACAGAGAAACCCUGUCUCGAAAAACCAAAAAAAAAAAAAAAAAAAAAAAAGAAAGAAAAGAAGAAGAGCUCAAAAGAGGAGGUAGUGUAGGGAAAUAUGUACGGGAAUCUCCUUCUGGCAUUAGAUCCCCACUUAAAGUUUACACUGACUGAGGAAGAGAAGCUACCUCUUAUGUGUUAUAUACGCUAUCAGGACUCAUCUUCUGUUAGACAGACUCUUACCUCAUAUGUUGCCCCAAGGCACUUACACCAAACACACAUUCUGGUAUAUUGGAGGUGAAUAGAAGAAAAUGACAGUUGGGUAAUGAUGAUCUUGUGUAUCUGUAAUCUUUCCAAUUUUAUUUUCAAAGUAGUGUACGCUUUCUGUAUCACUCAGAGUGAAAAGAAUUGUCUUCUUUAAAGUGUGUUUAACUUGUAGUAGAGUGUAAAUGGGACUCAUUAGUCUGAACACUUAGUUUCAGGACGUAUUUCCAGAGCAGGUAUAUUCUUUAGCUUUGGAGUAUUCAUCUGUGAGAAAGAAUAACCUCCAGAUGUUUUAAUGCAUUUCAUCUGAAGAAUUACUACCAUCUUUUUGUCUCAUUGCUAUUCUUUCAGCUGGAUUCCCUGAGUUUGUCUUUAUUGAUCUAACCCCAUCACAUAUGUUGUAGUUGUCUUCCUCCUCCUCUUCUUUUUUUGCAAGUUUAGGUGUAUAGAUAUUCACAAAGGAAUGGAAAUGAUAGCUUGAAGGCAUCCUUCUUAGUUUUAUUUUAGGUAUUCCAGAGAAGCUGGACUCCAAAGGCUAGUAUUUUAAACUGGGCUCUUGUGUGCUUGAUUGGAUGCACCCAGCAUGUUCCCUCACCAUUGGCACCUGAGACUCUGACGUGAACUGAUUUUACACUGCAUGUUUAUUUUUUCACAGUUAAGAAUUAUCUGUAGCCAGAUGUGCCUGCCCUAUGCCUGUUAUCACAGCAUUUGGGAAGUCGAGGCAGAAGAUUGGCAUGGGUAGCAGGCCGUCCUGAGUUAAAUAGACUGUCUUCCACAACAGAAAUAGCACCAGCAAGAUGGCUUAAUGCAUAAAUGUAAAGGCUGGCCGGGCGAUGGUGGCACACGCCUUUAAUCCCAGCACUCGGGAGGCAGAGGCAGGCGGAUCUCUGUGAGUUCAAGACCAGCCUGGUCUACAGAGCUAGUUCCAGGACAGGCUCCAAAGCCACAGAGAAACCCUGUCUCGAAAAACCAAAAAAAAAAAAAAAAAAAAAAAAAAAAAAAUGUAAAGGCUGCCAAACCUGACCAGAGUUUGAUUUCUGAGACUCACAUGGUAGAAGAGACUGACUCCUGACCUCCACACACAGGUCGGCACACCACACAGUAAAUACAUGUUUGUGAAGAAGGAAAGAAAAAAAAGGAAUUGUCUCCAUUUUGCUGCUUGCUCUGCUGCCUGCUGUAGAGGCUAGUUUUAUGGAACAGUGGCUGGGAAUAGGGAGAGUUUUAUUGGUAAUUAUUUCUCCUUCAGGCCAUUCACCUCCAUUCGUAAUGAACACACACAUGGGAACAGUCUUUUUCCCCCACAGUUGAUUCUCUUCUCUCAUGCAUGAUCUUUUUUUUUUUUUUGUUCUUAAUAUUGUUUAUUAGCACAGUAACAAAUGCAGACGUAAGAAGUCUAAAACACAUAGCCAGUCCACUGAGCAGUUCCUAUUUCACGCCUACGGUUAACAGCUUAAGGUACUUCACUACAGGGUUCCACAAAUCCUGAUUCAACCUUUAAAGUACUUGCAUAUGAAUGAAAUACAUUAACUACUCAUUUCCUACGUGGGGUCUCAU